AUGCGUUUCUUUACGAUAACAAAACAAUUAUCUUUGCCACCAAAUUUUACAUUUCAUUCUAUGGGUUUAACAACAGAAUAUUUGGAAAAAUCUAAAACAAUUCAAAUACUUAAAAGUUCAUCAUUAUCAUUCAUUGUUAGUUCAAUAGCUCGUACUUUAUCAUUAAAAAUAGAUGAAACAAUUUCUUCAAAUGAUAUUCAUCAAAAUUUAUCAUUCAGUACUCGAACAAGUAUAGAAAUUUUAUAUCGAUCAACAACAGUUAUUCCUCAUCAUCGUUUUAAUACAGUUUCAAUAUAUUUUAGAAAAAAUACUAAUAAUAAAGAAGAAAUACAUCUUUCGUCAAUGUUUAAACAAAAUAAAAAAUUAACGAAAUCUCAAUCAUUUCAUACAUCAUUAUUACAGAUUCAACCAAAACGACAUAUACGUACUAUUGAUAAUGAUAUCGAAAGUGAUGAAUCUCCAUCAAGUAGCAUUAAUAAUCGUCAUUCAUAG